AUGAAGGGCCUAAUUGAGAUUGACGGCCGCACUGGCGAGGGCGGCGGUCAAGUUGUUCGGGUAGCUGUAGCACUUGCAGCUUUGACGGGCCAACCUUUGAAAAUAACCAAUGUCAGAGGAAACCGUAAAGGAGGAGGAUUAAAAUUCCAGCACGUCACAGCUAUCCAAUUUCUGGCGGAUGUCACUGAAGCUGAAGUGGAAGGCCUCCGAGUGGGCUCCUCGACUCUAACAUUCAUCCCCAAGAGACUACCCACAGCCCUAGUGAGCCGCAACUUCAAAAUCACCGCUCCUUCUGGAGCAGCAAGUGCUCUUCUGAUCUUGCAAGCCGUGCUCCCAUUCCUUGUCUUCGCGGGUAACAGCAGCGACGAGCCCAUCUGGUUGGAGAUCUCGGGGGGGACGAACGUGUCCUUCUCCUUAAGUUACGAGUACCUAGACCAGGUACUUCUGCCAACGCUAGAGGAGAGAUUUGGAAUCCGGGUGGACAGAAAAUUGGAGAUGCGAGCCUGGAGCCUCGGGCCCCAGUCGAGAGGGAAGCUAUCACUCAAGAUAUACCCGCUACCCCUUGGCCAGAAGUUACGGUUUCUUCAGCCUGAGAAUACCGCUGACCCGGGCCCAGAUGCUGUCAAAUCUGUGGAUAUCAGCAUCGUCGUGCCAGAGAAGUUCCAUAGCACCCUCCAGAACGAGGUCGUCAGGGGUAUUGGUGAGCUCUACCCCGACGCGGAAUGCAAAUUCAAGGUGGUGGAGGAAUCAGGAAGCGACAAGCGAUGGUAUAUCUUGCUAGUGGCAAAGAGCGCUUCGGGAGUUAGAUGGGGAAAGGACUCGCUCUGCUCGAUGCCCAACAAGACCAAGUCACCCGAGCUCUUUAUCAGAAAACUCGCCAACAGCGUUUGCAAGGAGCUAUACAAAGAAGUGUCUGUAGGUGGCCAGGUGGAUGAGCAUCUCCAAGAUCAGCUCAUCUGCUUCCAAGCUCUUGCGGAUGGAUAUUCGAGCUUUAGCAGGGAUGAAGGAGCGGCAAACGAAGGCAGGGAGGGGACCGGGGAAGUGAGACAGGCGGAGGUGCUUGCGGACGCAAUGGGCAAUCUGACGCUCAGCGACGGACGACUGAGAAGGGAGCGAACGCAUGAACCUUUCGGACACGGAUCUUUGCACACGAAGACUGCUCGGUUUGUGGUAUGUGAGCUCCUGCCUACCGUGGAGUUCUACAACAAGGGAGAUAUUGCAAAGGGUGUUGGAUUAUCAUUCACAUAA